GGUAACAUGCAUUUAACAGUGGCCUACUGGAGACAACGCCUUAACCCAAAGAAGUGACUUGAACGGUGAGAACUUCAGAUUUGCCGUCCUGUUGGUGUGGUAUGUCUGGCAGUGGAUCACAGCUUGGUUCAAUGGGUAGCCUGACCAUGAAAUCACAACUUCAGAUCACUGUCAUUUCAGCGAAACUUAAAGAAAAUAAAAAGAAUUGGUUUGGACCAAGUCCUUAUGUGGAAGUCACAGUAGACGGACAGUCAAAGAAGACAGAAAAAUGCAACAAUACGAACAGUCCCAAAUGGAAGCAACCCCUUACAGUUAUCGUCACCCCUGUGAGUAAAUUACAUUUUCGUGUGUGGAGUCACCAGACACUGAAAUCUGAUGUUUUGUUGGGAACUGCUGCAUUAGAUAUCUUUGAAACCUUAAAGUCAAACAACAUGAAACUUGAGGAAGUAGUUAUGACUUUACAGCUUGUAGGUGACAAAGAGCCAACAGAGACAAUAGGAGACUUGUCAGUUUGUCUUGAUGGGCUGCAGUUAGAGUCUGAAGUUGUUACCAAUGGUGAAACUACAGGUUCAGAAAAAGUGAACAUUUCUGUGUCACCAAUUUUCCACUCAGAGCAUUUGUUUUCCCUUCCGUUUCACCCUUUCUUACUCAGAACAAACACAAAUGGAUCAGAUGAGCCUGAGGAUGCAGGGGCUGGUGAAAAUAGGAAGGUCAAUGGGAAUAAUUCUCCAUCACUCUCAAAUGGUGGUUUUAAACCUUCUAGGCCUCCAAGACCUUCACGACCACCUCCACCUACCCCACGUAGACCAGCAUCUGUCAAUGGUUCACCAUCUGCCACUUCUGAAAGUGAUGGAUCCAGUACAGGCUCUCUGCCACCAACAAAUAUAAAUUCAAAUACAUCUGAAGGAGCAACAUCUGGAUUAAUAAUUCCUCUGACUAUAUCUGGAGGCUCAGGCCCUAGGCCAUUAAAUUCUGUACCUCAGGCUCCCCUACCACCUGGUUGGGAGCAGAGAGUGGACCAGCAUGGACGAGUUUACUAUGUAGAUCAUAUUGAAAAAAGAACAACCUGGGAUAGACCAGAACCUCUACCUCCUGGCUGGGAACGGCGGGUUGACAACAUGGGACGUAUUUACUAUGUUGACCAUUUCACAAGAACAACAACGUGGCAGAGGCCAACGUUGGAAUCUGUCCGGAACUAUGAACAGUGGCAGCUCCAACGUAGUCAGCUGCAAGGAGCAAUGCAGCAGUUUAACCAGAGAUUUAUUUAUGGGGUAAGUAGUCUGUUACACUAUAAACUUAAUAAGUAUUUGUUUCUAACCUUUUUUUGCAAAGAGAAGAGAACAGACAGCAAUGGUAGAGUAUAUUUUGUCAACCACAACACUCGUAUUACACAAUGGGAAGACCCCAGAAGUCAAGGAAAGAGAAAAAAAUUACACUAUUACUGUCGUAUAAUGGAUGUGGGUUUCUUGAGAAUAAUGAGCUUCAAUCCCCAAGAUCUGCGAAGACGUUUGUGGGUGAUUUUUCCAGGAGAAGAAGGUUUAGAUUAUGGAGGUGUAGCAAGAGAGUGGUUCUUUCUUUUGUCACACGAGGUGUUGAACCCAAUGUAUUGCCUGUUUGAAUAUGCAGGGAAGGAUAACUACUGCUUGCAGAUUAAUCCUGCUUCUUACAUCAAUCCAGAUCACCUGAAAUAUUUUCGUUUUAUUGGCAGGUUUAUUGCCAUGGCUCUGUUCCAUGGGAAAUUCAUAGACACAGGUUUUUCUUUGCCAUUCUAUAAGCGUAUAUUGAACAAACCAGUUGGACUCAAGGAUUUAGAAUCUAUUGAUCCAGAAUUUUACAAUUCUCUCAUCUGGGUUAAAGAAAACAAUAUUGAGGAAUGUGGUUUGGAAAUGUACUUCUCUGUCGAUAAAGAAAUUUUAGGUGAAAUCAAGAGUCAUGAUUUGAAACCUAAUGGUGGAAAUAUUCUUGUGACAGAAGAAAAUAAAGAGGAAUAUAUCAGAAUGGUAGCUGAAUGGAGGUUGUCUCGAGGUGUUGAAGAACAGACACAAGCUUUCUUUGAGGGCUUUAAUGAAAUUCUUCCCCAGCAGUAUUUGCAAUACUUUGAUGCAAAGGAAUUAGAGGUCCUGUUAUGUGGAAUGCAAGAGAUUGAUUUGAAUGACUGGCAAAGACAUGCCAUCUACCGUCAUUACACUAGGACAAGCAAACAAAUCAUGUGGUUUUGGCAGUUUGUUAAAGAAAUUGAUAAUGAGAAGAGAAUGAGACUUCUGCAGUUUGUUACUGGAACCUGCCGAUUGCCAGUUGGAGGAUUUGCUGACCUCAUGGGGAGCAAUGGACCACAAAAAUUCUGCAUUGAAAAAGUUGGAAAAGAAAAUUGGUUACCCAGAAGUCAUACAUGUUUUAACCGCCUGGACCUGCCACCGUACAAGAGCUAUGAGCAACUGAAAGAAAAGCUGUUAUUUGCCAUUGAAGAAACAGAAGGAUUUGGACAAGAGUAACUUCCAAGAACUUGUGCCACCAAAGGACAAGAACUUAUUUGCAAUGUCUGUCCUUUUCCUUCUCUGCUUAUUGCACAUCUUGUUGUAAAAUUGGGCUGUGACUGUUUAGAGAGUUGAGUGUAAGUAAAUUAAUGUUAUCAUUGAGAUUUAUCUCCCAGUGAUUCUGGAUUUCUACUCAGUGUUUCCAGAAAUCAGAUCUGCAAAUGACUAAUCAAACCUUGCUUAACAUGAGAUUUAACACAGCAAUGAAAUCUGCCUUGUCUUACUCCACUAGAUUGUUACCUUAACAACAGUUUUGUAUAUGUGUGUCAAAAGUCUCACUUGGGAGAUUUUUUUCUUUUAGAGAUUUCUGCAGAUACGCAGGGAAGUCCCUUGGUACAUGAAAUAUGUAAGAUCUUAAGCCUCGUGGUGAGAGGUACUUGUUAAAAGUGCAAACUUAGCCCAGCUUCUGGGGAUGUGAGCAAACUUCUGGCUUGUGCUCUCCCUCUCAUUUCAGCCUGGCCUGACUGUUGUUUUUCCUUCCGGAGCAUGAAUCCAUGCAUCAUUUUGCUGUUAUCCUUGGAAAGUGAUGCAAGACUCUUGCAUCGCUCUACAAAGCAGUUUUGUUACUUUGAAUUCAGGGAGAAGUUGGUCCCAGCCUGCAAAUGGCCCUAUAACUCUCUUCAUUUGGAAGUUUUAUUGUUUUAAUUGCAAAUACUAAACUUUACAAACAAUAUUAACACUGUACUUCCUCCAUGGUGGUUUUAUAAAAGUUAAUCUAGAAUUGGAAUUAAUUUAGCUAAAUUCAUCAAAGGCCAUCAUUGACAAUUUUUGUAUGUUCCUAUAUGUAAAUUGCAUCUAUCAUAAUCCAACAACUUCAGUUAUAUUUAAUUAUUGCUAAAGAAUUCAAGUUAUAACUAGAGUACUUUACACCCAAAGAAAGAGGUCAAUGAAACAUCCUCUAAAUUACAUUUUCAUUAGGGAGGGAGAGCUGUGGUACUGGCUAAAAAGAAGGGAGUAAUACAUUUACUAGCAAUACAUUUCUAGUAACCACAGAAAUGUAUUCUCUGUAUGAAUUAAAAGUCUUCAAAUUACCAUUUCUCUGACACCUUGGAGUAGUCCUUUCCAUUCUUUACAUUGUCCUGAAUUGGAUAUUCUGUUCACUCCAGAAAAUUUUAACAGGCUUUUCCUUCUUUUUCCCAUGACUAUUUAAUUUCAUACUGCUCCAUUGAUAUGUGAUUAGUGCACUUUUGAAUGUCUCUAUAGUUAAUUCUUUUAACUUGGCCUAACUUAGACUCUGUCAGGAAGGCUGCUGUCAGAGGUUUAACUUUAUGGACAGUGGGAUGAAGCCUCAGUCAGCUGAGUCCCCAUCACAGCUGAACCCUGAGGACAGCCUCAUAAUUCGUGAAACAGGACUUUGGCAGGUUUCAGUAGCAUAACAUGAACAAGUAGCACUGAGCCAAAAAUAAGCAGAGAGUAGCAAACCCUGUUCCACAUGGAAAGAAAAUGGUUUUUCUUUGUCCCUAACUACUCUUACAUUCUGGAACAACAACAAAAACAUUUUUAAACUUGUGUAACUGUGCUCUAAAACACUGCCAUCAUAAAGCAGACUUAAGUGAGUGAAAGGGUUGCCUCAUCUACAAAUUGUCAGUGUAAAGGGGGGAGAUUAGGUUCUCCCCAACCCUAUCUUUGUUUUUUAUUCCAUAUACUCCAGGAAGUGUAUGGUCUCUUAAAAGCCGUAGUUGUUUCCAAGUAGGGACUCUGCCUUUUUGUUGGUAGGGGGAAAAUGCUAUUGCUUUGUCUUACAGAGCGAAUGUCUGCCAACUAUCCAUUCAUUAUAUAAAUCUGAACUUUGGUAAUAUAUGGCUGUGGAGAUAAAGCCUUCUAUAAAGUCUUACUAUUGAGGUGAAUUCUUAAAAUGUAGUUAUCUACAAUAUUUACUAGAGAUUUAUGAGAUUAAAUUAAAUAAUGUAAAAAAAAGUAGACUCUUUUUGGUUCUACAUAGUGCUUGAUAAUUCAUUUAGGGACCUAGAAAUAUUGUGUGAAAAUGUAUAAAUACUACCCAAAAGGCUUUCUGCCCUAUAUUUUUAAAAUACAGAAUAGUUAUAUUUGAAGUAGCCCCAGCCCUAGUUCUAUAGGGCUUGGCUAUUUAAUAUUUUUAUGGAAGAAACGUUUAGUUCUGGAAAAGGUAAAUGCUUGUAUAUAUUUUUGCAGCCUGGGAUCUCCCUUACUCCAUUUCUUCCUUUAAUUUAAAUGGCCACAUGUAUAUGUCUUCCCUGCUGUGUUAGGAAAAUGGGGGCUGGAUAUCCCAAGAAUCAGAGGUUAUAUAAAAAUACUACAAAUAGACAGCAGACAUAAAUACCUACCAAAUGCUAUUUUAAACUUUGGUCCAAACUGAACAUUUGGAAAUAGAUUUAUUGUAAGUGUUCAAUUAGAGCGAUUUCUUAAAUCUGAACUAAAUUGCUUUUAGAGUCCUUUUUCUUUGUAAGCAUUGUAAAUGCUAAUAAAUCCUGUUAAUUUUUUUUUACUGCAUGUUAUGUUGAAAUAAAAACAAAGUAAAAUGAGCAAUUGCCUUAUUCUUCUGCUCUUUUGGGAGAUUGGGGAAGGCAGCAUUUCACAGCCUGGGUCAGGAGGGAAGGACCUCACUCAUUUCAUCAGAUAGAGUGGUUUAAAACUGAUCCAGCAGCUCAUAAUAAUAAAUUCCUGCUCUGUCUUUUAUGAUCUUGUAUCAGAGUGCAGAAGAAUCUAAUUUCAUAAGACUUACAAUAACUCUAUUUAAAAUUCAGGUAUUAAUUUUUCAUCAAGAGAUUGAUGUAUCAAUGUCAAUGCAUCAGAAAUUUAAGUGAAAAAUGACUCACUUGCCCACAAAGAUCUCAUCCUAAAUGAACUAUUUCAGUCAAGCCCACUCUGCCACUUUUUAUCUGGUUAAUAAUCUAAAAUGUUACCAGGGAUGACUCAUGGAGUUAGACUUUAUUUCUAUACUACCCUCCUUGCUUUGGAUGUAAUUCCAUCUGAACUCCUUUAGGUUAAUUACUUCUACUUAAUAUUGUUGGUAUCUCCAGCCCCCCCUUAUUUUUUGUUUUUCUUUUAUUAGAGUUAUUUACAAAAGUAUUUGUAUAUAUGGUAUGCUUUCAUUUACUAAAAACGGAAUGGCAGCACUGGAUUGUGUAUUACUGUAUUGGAGUUCCUUUGUUUUCUUGAACUGUAACUUCAAAUACUCAGGUAACUCUACAAAUAUCACAGGGAGUCAAGUGCUCUUAUAAAGGUCCUUCACGGGGCUGCCUCACUUGCAUUUCCUUAACAGAUGUAAGACUGCGUUUAUAAUUAAACUUUUUUGGUCCUUUA